GUGGAAAGAGUCAGUGCUGCGCGGGCCUUCGUGGCGCGAGGACGUUCGCCGUACGGGGACGUGUACGUACGUUUACGUAGGUGUCCCCCUGCGUGCGUGCGUGCGUAUGUGUGUGCAUGCGUGUGUACGUACAUGCGUACGUAAGUGCGAAUAAAAAAAUAUAUCACGCGAACUAUAUGAUCGAACAAUUUUUUCCACUCUCUAUGUCGGACUAUCUUGAUGAUGCGCGCGCGUUAUUGUUUGCGAUUUGAAUAAAUAAAAAAAAAAAAAAAAAAAAAGAAAAAAAAAGGACAAGUAGAAAGAAGUAAAUAGAAAAAAAAAGCAAAAAAAGAAAAGAAAAAGAGAAAAGAAAAGAAAAAAAAAAAGGAAAGAGUCGGAUAGAAAUCGUAAAAAAGAAGAAGUUCAAUCGUCGCCUCGAAGAGGACACUCGCAUCCAAGGCGAGGAAAAAGAAUAAGAACUAGAGAGCGUCGGACGUUGACCGAUGACGAGUAGAAAUUUGUUGCUAAAGUGAUAGGGGAAAAAAAAAAAAGAAAAGAAAAGAAGAAUCCAGAAAAAAAACAUCCAAACUGGAGGGAUCAAAAGAGAUUGUGUAAAAGAUGCGGUUCCUCGUGGAGAGCCGCUCGACAACCGAUCGGAAAGGUAUUGUCAAGGAUGAUUCGUUGGAUAGGAAUGUUGGCUCUGGCCAGAUCGUGGAAAACAAUAUCAUCAUUAUUAUCAGCAGCAACAAUAGCAGCAACAAUUUCAUCAACAUCGUCGUUGGCAACAACGGAGGAAGAUCUAUCGGGAAAAUUAUUAUCAACGAUAUCGAUAACGUUAGCUUUAAAGACGAUCGUAUCAUUAUCGAAGGUAACAAAACGUUUGACAGGCUCGACGGGAUUAUUAAAAAAAUUCGUGAAUACGACGGAAUCAUCGAACAUAACGAGAAUAAUAUCGAGGAAAUUGAUUACGAGGAUUUAUUGGACAUUGCGAUCAAGGAGAUCCGCGAUUUCUUGGAAUGUACGUCAUCUAUCCGCUCGACGAGCUUCUUCGAUUAUAUGAGAAUCCUUUUCGCGAGUCCUUCGAGCCAUUGACAUUGAACAUUAACGGGACUAAUUCUGUUUCGUCGAGUUCGAGUGUUUGUCACGAGCGAAAUCAUAAUUAUCGUCGUUCGGGUUGCGUCAAAUCUGUCGUAGUUGAUAAAAUUGAUGAAUACGACGAUCGAACGAGAAUAGAAGAAGUUAAUUUGAUUAGUGUACGUAAAAAGGAUAAUAAUAAUAAUAAUAAUCAUAAUAAUAAUAAUAAUAAUAAAAAUAAUAAUAGUAGUAAUAAUAAUAAUAAUAAGAAUAAUAAUAAUAAUAAUAAUAAUAAUAAAAAGAAAAUCAAGAAGAUUAAGCAACAAGGUGGUAAAUCCAAAAAAAGGGAGCAGCAAUCACGUUACGAUAACGAUAACGAUAACGUCUCUCGUGAUAAGGCGAGGCAGGUGCCUCGAAAAAAAGACCAGAAUAUGCAAAACAAUCGGAAUAACGCUGGCGACGAUACUUCCGCCGCUGCGGCCGCCAUCGCAGCCGCCGCAGCCGCCAUUGCUGCUAACAAUCCUUUGAAGGAUCUAACACAACCGAAUCUAAAUGAUUCCCUUAAACAGCAUAAUGUCAACGCUCUCAAACUCGUCCAAACCGUCGCUGAAUUCGCUCAAGAAUUUGGAGAAGCCAUGGAGAAUCAUUCGGCUAACAUACGCAGAUUGGUCGACGAGUUUCGAAGCCGAUCCGGUGAGCCACGGCUCGAUUCUAGCGGUAUGCGACGCGUUUGGGAAAAUCUAUUGAGACAAGUCGAGGCUGAUGCUGUCUCGCAUCUUGAUUUUGCCGCGGUAUUGCAACAACAACUCUCAAGGCCAACCAUAGAGGCGAGCUUUCAUAGAAAGUUUCAAUCACGUAAGGUUUUCUCGUAUCGCGAGGGUUACGAACAAGAGAUUGCGAAGUCCGAAGAGAAAUUGCAACGUGCCAGAGCUGAUUAUAAACGUUCUUAUGUGUCCUUAUUAACGACCGAAGGUGGAAACGAAACGGAAUUGAAGCGUCAAUACCUCGAAGCUCACAAUGCUUACGUUCUUCAAUUGAGAGCUACCAAUGCUAUAACCGAAUGUUAUCAGAGCCAUUGUUUGCCUGGUUUACUCGGUGAAAUAGCCGAGGUCUACGAGGAACUUUGCGGAUUGGCUUGCAAAUGCGUCGCUGGUAUAUCGGAAGCAGCAUACGAACGUACCAGUGAACAAGCAAAACGUUAUCAAAAUGUUGGAAAGGAUGCUCAAACCGUUCUACCGAUUAACGAUUUACAGACCCUGGCACGCAAUUUGUCGGCCAAUGCAACGCCACGUAAACCAGUACGACGUUUGUUCGUUGCACUUUCACGACCAGAACAAGUACCAGUCGAAAAGGCUACGCAAAUACCACAGCUGAGAGAUGAAUUGGUACCUACCGGUAUCAGUACUGUGCCACUUAUGGAAGAACUUAAAAGGGAACACGAUAGUUUGACACAAAAAAUAGGAAGACUACAAGACGCCUUGGACACAUUGAUUCGAAUGCAACGCAAAAGUGCCGAAGGUAAUCUUUAUACGAAGGUGGCCGAAUUACAAGAAAAUAUUUCCAUGAAACGUUUUGAGCUAGGCGUCGCACAGUUGGAUCUUGCUGCGGUACAGGCACAGAAGGAACUCUUUGGAGGGGGAGAAGCUGGUCAACCCGAUGGAAUGAGCAGCAGAAAAAUGUCUAAUGGUUCGACCGGAAGUACCAAGCACAAAUGGUUGAAAGCAUUCAAAAGUUUGAAAACAAGCUCGCCGACAACGUCACCGCCUACCGACAAAGGAAAACAGGCGAUGUAUCAUGCAGUAUCAACUGUAGUAGCUUUAUCCAGGAAAAAUAAUGAAAUCGAGGACGGUCACGUUUGGCGAGAGUAUACCUAUCGAAAGAUAACACCUUGCGAUGCUUGCGGCCAAGUACUACGUGGUCAUAGUCGUCAAGGUCUAAGAUGUCGUGGUUGCAAGGUCAACGCUCAUUCCGAUUGUAUCAAUCAGAUACAACCGGUUAAGUGUCCAAGUUUGGCACCGAAAAAAAGUGGCGGCAUACCCCUCUUGCGUCGUCAAAAAACUCAAGCGCCAGUCGACGAUACACCACCGGCUGAUCACAACGUGGACAGCAUAUACCAGGUGCUGAAGCAGGCAGGCGAGAUACGUGGAAACUCGACAAACUCACCACCUACGCCUCCCACAGCAGAUCAUCCUCCCUCCGGUGCAGCACCUUCUUCGGCGAGGGCCUCCUCCCACCCUUGUUCCUCGUCCACCUCUGCACCGCAUAGCCCGCAACGUAGACGCGAACGAUUGAAUCUGAGAAUGAAGAGUCUCAGUUUGGAUUCACCGGAAGGAACGGCUCAUGUACGUCAUCGUCCAAGAGAUUACUAUGCCUCCGGUCAAAGAGAAUCGACACCACCAAGGCACUCAGACAGUGGCAGUAUCAAUAGAUUAUACAGAGAUUUACCGAUCUUCGCAGCUCCAUGCAGUCCAGGACAAGGUCACACUAUGCAUAAGCACAUUAGGAGCGCCCUAAGAACGUCCAGCGUCGAAUUACCAGACGAGAAUGACAAAUGUUAUUCAUCGGCAAGUACAUCACCGUGUCCCUCGCCACAUCCCAACAAUCAAAAUCACAUGAAUCCGUCUGGGAAACGAGUACUUCCUCCGAACAAUCUCUACGUUGUUCUUUACAAUUUCGAGGCACGUCAUCGCGACGAACUUGAUUUGAAGCCCGGUUAUAAGGUCACGGUCAUCGAUAAAUCCGAGAAGGAUUGGUGGAAGGGUAAAUGUCUCGGCGGUCGUGCAGGAUACUUUCCUAGUGCUUACGUGAUGCGCGUCGAAUCCGGCCAAAGGACUCUACAGGUCACUCGUAAUCUGCAAUUGACGGAUCAGAUCACUUUGCUUAGGGAUCAGAUUGUCAUACAAGUUGGCGAAGAAGUGGACGGGGUGGCUAUGGUUAGAUUCGCGGCGGACGUAAGAUCGGCCGAACAUAUCGGUAAGGAGGGUGACGUGUUAUACAACGAAACCCUCUGUCCUUUGAUGUAUCUACAAGAGGUGUGA